GUAUUCAGACAAGUGGUUUCCCAUUACCGCCUUCUAUUUUAGUUUUACGGCAUAAAUACGGUGGCCUUUAUCGGUUGCAGUUAGCCUCUUGUCCGUCUAAUCAAGGUGCAUCGGUGUAUCAUUACGUGACAGUUACACUAUCAACUGUGUUGUAACCUAACUACAGAACAACGAUGGGAUCGCCACUUCGAUGGGGAAUUGCUAGCGCUGGGAAGAUCUCGCACGAUUUCGUGAAUGCUGUCGGAACGCUGCCAGCGGCAGACCAUCAGGUAGUAGCUGUAGCUGCUCGAAAGCUGCUGGAUGCUGAAAAAUUUGCCACUCUCCAUGGUAUUGAACGGGCAUACGAAGGCUAUCAGGCGUUGGCGAAAGAUCCAAACGUAGAUGUCGUUUACAUUGGGGCAGUUAAUAACGCACACUACGAGCUCGGAGUGCUGAUGUUACAGCACGGCAAGCAUGUGCUGUGCGAAAAACCGCUCUAUCUGAACGAAGGCCAAUCGAAACGGCUCGUCAAGCUGGCAAGUGAACGGAAUCUCUUCCUCAUGGAAGCUAUCUGGUCCCGAUUUUUCCCGUUUUAUCGUCAGCUACGCGAGCGCAUUGACCGUGGGGAGCUGGGAGAGAUUCGCGAGGUGGAGGUAGAGUUUGGGUUCGUACUGUCCGAUGUCGAUCGCUUGCGGCUCAAGAGUCUCGGCGGAGGCACCGUACUGGAUCUGGGAGUAUACACGAUACAGGUGUGUCUGUGGGCGUUCGGUGGAAAAGCACCGGAAAAAGUGGUGUCGUCUGGUGUGACCAACGACGAGGGCGUUGAUUUGGAGGUAACGGCUGAGCUGCAUUUUCCCGGCGGAGGUAUUGGGCGUAUGAAAACGAGCGCUCUGCGGGAGCUAAAGAAUACUGCCGUAGUUCGUGGCAGUAAAGGCAGUGUAACGCUACACGGCUUCUGGUGUCCACAGUUACUCAUCGAUGUUGACGGCAAGGAACUAGUAGACACGCUUCCCAACGCUCGGCAUCCGUUCAAUUUUACUAACAGUUGUGGUUUACGGUACGAGGCAGAGGAAGUGCGCCAGUGCAUUGUAGCUGGCCGAUUGCAAUCGGCGUCUGUAUCACAUGUGGACAGUUUGCUAAUUGCCCGCAUCCAGGACCAAAUUCGAAAGCAGGUUGGCGUAGUUUUCGCGGAAGAUGCGCAGUUUGCUGUUUAAAAUUCGUUAUCAUCUUCCGUAAACACAUUUAAGCUGCUGCUUCAUUUCAGUGGGGUUUCAGUUGAGGUGUAUUAUUACUUUCAUAUAAUUACUUUCAUAUAUAUAAUUUGACGUGUUGUUGUUGUGUUGUUAUAUCGUUUCUAGCACCAUUACAUUUUAGUACACGUUAGUAUUGGCAGUGGAGCACACCGUAAAAAAUCGGAUAGUAUCGAGUUAGGUUAAUUUCAUUCACUAUUUUCCAGUGAACGUUAAAUUGAGGUGAGCUGAUUUAUUGAAUCAUGUCAUUGCCAUGUUAAUAGUUCGUUCCGUUCCCUUUUACAUCGCGUUCAAAGCAUACCUGAAUCGAACGAUUAGAGUCGAGCGAGUUAACUUGACAUCAUUCUAUUCCCACCUUGUUCAUGCAAAUGACGCAAACGGCACUAAAUGUUGACUGUUUUCGUUCCCACCCUACUAACUAGCCGUUCGGCUUGAAUAAAUUUGACCCAAAAGACUGAUCCUUAAAGACGUUGAAAAUAAAGACGUUCCAUGUACACCAUGCGGUGUACAGCAUGGAUCGGUGAUUCGCGUUGUUACCUUCGUUACCUUCAACGUGUGCGGGCGAAUAGGAGAAUGGUGUCCGUGGAAGUUGGGCGGUAUGCACCGCGGAUAGAUGAGAUUGCUGGCAAAGGCAUUGACCCAGCUCACCAGAAACCAGCGUACAAAGCAUACUACUGCUUGACGCCGUGCACCUCUCCAUGCUCUUCUAUCAAGCACCUUGCCAAUCAAGCACCUUCGUCUUGAUGGAGAGGUUCGGUCUUCAAUGGCAACCGAAAGCAACCCUAGAUAAAGAUAUCGCUUACCGAUCCUUGUGGAGUGAACCUGUAUCUGCUAAUGCCAUAAAUUUAUCCCUAAGCACCUUUCCUUGCAUCGCUGCCUGCGACAGGAUGGGGUUACCACAUGCUUUUCCUUUCGCAUUCCACGCAUUCGGGGUGCGUGGUACGUGUAACUCUUUCACUUCGUACGAAAUUAGAUUGGAAAUGAUAGCCUUCCAUUUGGCUUUUACCUAGCGCUAGAAGCCUUCACAUGAUAACAAGAAAACCGACACACAUAUACACUCAUUGCCGGUUGUUGUGUCUGUGUUUGUGUGGUUUGUGUUAGAAUGACUGGCUGUUUGUAAGUAGGAAUCGGAGGAACAUUCGGCGCCAGUGGCCCGUCGAAAGUGGCAUGCGGGGUUGGCUUGCCCAGCUAAUGGCCAUCCCGUGCACCAGCGACGGAUCGACCGGAAGCUGUCGGUGUUGUCGUCGUUACAAGUGAACGGUAAAUUCAAUCAACCCGAACCACAAGGCACCGGAGUCUGUUCGUUCAAAGGAAAUGAUCCCUGUUUUCGGGGCCCUGUGCAAUAGAGCACAAAAUACAGGAGCGCUGCCAGCAAAGAUUGGUACGUAUUAAAUCACUGGAAUAGAGAAUGCAUACACUCGGCAAAGGUGAUAGAGAAUCUUACUAAUGAAUGUUGAUGAUGUUGAUGGUUGUGAUGAGCUGGGAAGGUACAUAGAUCAGAGUACAAAAACUUAUUGAACACCAAGCUGUGCAACAGUUGCCGGGAUUAUUGAAAAGCUAGCGUGGAGACAAAUAAAUUGAAAAUACUUAUUUUAAACGGGUGUGCUUUAUAUGUAGUGUUAUUUGCAAAAGCCACCAACACUAUUUAUUCAUUAUUUUGUUGCAGUUACACAUUUUUUUUGUGGACUUUUUUUUCGACAUAAUUGUUACCAAAUAUCGUUGAAUUAAUCGAGUUUAUGUUGUGGGACCAACCACAGGAUAUUCGUGGAAACACAUGCAUCAAACCUAAAUGAUACGCAAAAAAUACAAAGCAACUGCAAAAUCUAAGCUACUAUUCUUUUAAAAGUAUACUGCAUUCCAAAGAAGAACCACUUAAAACAUUAACACCUGUUAUUCAAUCGCUUUCAAAUGUGGUAACGCAAAAAGAUGCUGCACGUGUGCUAAUGAAGCAAUUUGGACAAUGCCAUUAGCGAACUUUCUCCCUGAUCACGUAGACGUGUUUGAGUUAAACUUGACUGACAGCUGGUCUGGUUGGGUUUUAGAGCCAACAGAAGGAUAUAGAUUGUCAACAUCUCUCACAUAAAAGUUUUAGCUUACGUGUGUUUGUGGUUAGCGAAUGAAGAAAACAUUAAAAGAAAGAGAAAAAAAAACCAAACAAAAUUGUGAAGGAAACAUAACCAUAGAACAUUUGCGAACAUUCGACUGAUCAGUUGCAAUUGAAGGUAGCGGAACAGGCUACAUAAACUUGCUACCUUGCAGAGAGUUUCCGUAGGCAGAAAGCUGCAGAAAAUCACACCAUGAUGUGCAAUGAGGGCAUUGCGGUGGGUUGCUAAAGAAAUUUAACAAAUUCAAUUUCCGGCCUCACCAACCAUUGUGUUUGUGUAAAAGCUUUGCUGCUUCUCGCAUAGCGCUGCGUAAGGUAAGUCAUGACAGAAAACAAUCCUACAGUUUACACAGUGCUCGACAUAAUGUUACACUUCCUUCUCCCAUUGCCAUUUGGCAGAGCGGCAGAAGAUUGUUAGUUUGCUUCCCUGCGUGCUGACGCGAUAUUAGAGAGAGAGAGAGAGAGAGAGAGAGAGAGAGAGAGAGAGAAAGAGCGAGAAAGCGAUCAUUGUUUGCCAGUGCUUUCAGUACCUUCUCUUUCUGGAGAUCGUUUUGGUAGAAGCUACUCGGUUGCAUUUCCAGACGUUGAGAUGAACCUACGAGGGAACGAACUGCGGCAGAUUGGCUCGCAUAAGAGUAAGCAUAAGACACCGGAAGCCUUCAGCAAACCAGCAAGCUUUUUGCCUUUCCGUACUACAACAGUAAGAAAAUAAAAGGUGGCAAUGCUUUUAAAUAAAUUACUUCCACCAACUUCAAGGUGCGUACCGUUUCGUUCUGGGUUGAGUGUUUACGUCAGUGCUUCAGAGGCUCAAACGCAAUGCUUUUUGUCCAUUUGUCCUUGUUCACUCGGAACAGAUAGAGUUUGCUACAGUUCCAAAAACAUAUCACCGAAAAAUUUCCCCCUUCCACCCCUUGCGAGGUAGGUGCAAAGGCCGUGAUUAAAAGUAAUUAAUUUUAUCGCAAUGCAGAUUGUUGUGGAGCUACGAAAGCACCAGCCUUCGAACUCGUUGAACUAAUCUAAGAAAAGUCAUUUCGCGGGCCAGAAACUUAAACUAUGCACUUCUUACAGAGAGAAUGUCGUAGCCUGCCGUAGCCUUCAAUUCGCUAAUGGGUUUUUGCCAAACGGAUUUUGUCGGCCGGAUCACCCUGGAUGCACUGAGACAUUUUCAAUCAAAUUAGAACGCAUUCGAGUGCAAUUAUGUAGCGCCGUUUCAGGUUGGAAUAUUUGGGGGUUUCUAGACCCGGUUGGCAAGUACUGGUAGGGAGGACAGGUGAAAGAAAAGUUAAACUCCAAAUGAAAUAAAUCUGUUCCGGCAGUUGUGUUUCCAUUAAUUAGGUACAAAACAAAAAGUCGACAAUGCGCUUGGCGCUUGGUGGAUAUUCCAUAAGAGCUUCGUUAUGGUAAUACCAUCAAAUCGGGUCGGUAAUGAGAUAAGCGUUUUAACAAGGUAGUUGUUCUUGCAAAUUCUUGCAGCAAAAAAUCAAUACAUAUAUCACCAAGAACAACCAACAAAGGAAAAUGAAGUUAGUACAUCAAACUCUUUCGUCAAUAGAAGAAUAGCCGCACCAGUUUGGUACGGUCGCGUACAGGAAAGUAAUCGAAACUAAUUGGCAGGUGGCAGUGUCAUGUGCCAUCGGACCGGAAGUGUUCUAUAGCCGUACUUUGUCUGUGCUUCUGGCUUGCUCUGUGCAAAUGGCAUUCUCUUUGCCAUUGCUUCCAAAGUGCCUAAUAAUUUGUACAUCCCCAUCACGUAGGACUCGAAGCGGAAAACGGUGAAACCGACGCCUAAUUUGCCGCUCCCAAAUUAGUGACAGUGUUAUCGAUGCGAUCGAUUUGAGAAACCCCAACACCAAUCGGCGCAGUGAACUAUACGUCGUACUAUUUCUCUGCAAUGUAUGUACACUGAUCCCACACUCUAAUAUCACCCACACAUACACACAUUGGAUUAUUUUUUAAUGUGUCUUCGGAUUUGCUUCCGAAGGGUCGAUACCUGGUGGCAAAAUAAUUAAUAACAACAUCGCUAAUUCGACCGCUCCAACCUAUUGCAAAGCUGCUCAAGGCUUCCCGGUCAGUCUGGCGGCUACGGACGUGGAACAUUUGCGCGACCAAUUCAUGCUCCAGAAUGCACAAAAUCCUACAGAAAGAGGCAUGUGCAGAGUGAUUAAAAUUCAAUUGUCAGACGCUGGCACAGAAUCUCAAUUUAAUGUGGCUGCUUUUGACUCGGUGGCGAACAACGGCACUGGUGUGAAAUGAUUUCACAGCCGGUUCGCCAUUUCCAGCGAUUGACUGCUACCGAAUUGCUUCAAAGCGCACAUUCCGACAGACAAGCGGACAAGCGAAACAAACAAUAAAUUUUCGCUCUCUAAAGCGGAUGAAAAUAUUGAAUUAAUUCAUCUGAGCCAAUAGUGGCAGGAGCAAAGCGGCUCGGUACACGCUUCGGUAUGCAUAGCAGGAUGGUAUCCUAUACAUGGACGUUAAAGGCAGAGUAUUUUGUUCGAAUGUUGCGGAACUCAUAUUAUCUAGCCUGAAGGAAACGUUCUACCAGCGCAAAGUGAAAUCUUCUAAAGUGAGUCCAAUAAUUUUCCAUUUUAUUGGCAUUGUUAAACGGAAACGGUGCAGAUCACGUCCAUGCCAGCCUAUACAGGCUUUCGAGACUUAUUUACUACCACACUGCCGGAUAGUUAGUCCUUGCUAAGAGGGGACUUUUCAAUCUAGAUUUGAACGCAUGCCGGGCAUAUUGUUAAGUCGUACGAAUCGACCACUGUACCACGGGACCACCCACUAUACUUAAAUAAUAAAUAGUUGGCCCAGUAAACCUAGUUAUUUCCAAAUAACUAAAAUAUAUACCAUGUCUCCUUUGUUAUAUGGGAUAUUUGAGACAGCAUCGUAAACUGCUAGGCACUUUGCAUCGAGUGUAAACCUUUAGGCACCUUACACCGAGUGUCAAAGUGCUAUAUACAACAGCAACAAUCUUACUCUUUGUAUGGGAGCUAGAAAAUUGCAAUUCAAUAAUGUUAAGUGUAACAUCUGAAAAUGUUGUAGGUCUAAAACUUAUUAUAAGGUGUGCGCAAAUUUUCGUUGAAAAUGAACCAGCCGUUUUCGGCAAGUGGUGGCAACAAACACCGUGACACGAGAUUUUUAUAUGUAUAGAGCUUGAAUUUUAAGAUAUAGCUUAAAUCACCUAUACUAAUGCUAGUUUGCGAUUUUUGUAAAUCAAUUCCUUCACUGCAAAGCAAAAAUAGAGUUAUUUUUUGUAAAAAAUAAUAAAAAAAUAUACAUAUUUUGGGGUUGCUGUGCAUACUGA